AUGCUUGCUUCGACCCCCAACCGCGAAUAUGUGUCCUUCCGAGCAACAAAACGCGAUCAUAGCGUGUCUCCGUCUUGUCGUACAUCGUUCGGCCUACAGACACCGCCGCGUUUCCCGACGACCUCCCUAUCGCCCAUGUUCACACCUCCCCUCAGGCGACACGAUCCCCCUUCUGCCGAACCAAUGGACAUGGACGACGUGUUCUCGUCCCCGCCAUGUCCUACAUCGUAUACGUACAAGUCGCCCAAGACUCGUUCAACGCAUCUUCGACUACAUGCAGAUAUUGAUAAUGACGAAGAAGACGGUAACAGUUCCCUCCUCGCGCCCUCUUCAUCAUUCUCGCUCUCACGUAGUCUUGUGCCGCCAACGUCACCUUUUCCGCCUCGCACGCCUCUUCGUACGCCGGUCAGACAAUCUUCUCGGUUACUCGGAACGCCAGAUCGUCCUGCACUCUCUGUGAAGCCUCUCAAUUUCUUGGCCCCAAGUUCUUCCAGUCAUGCGGCGGGUGUCAAGCGCAAACCUGCGCCGAAUACUUGCGUUACCCCAUCCCGAGACCGCACGCUUACCCCCCUCACGGUGACAUCUGCAGCGACACGACGCCAGGAUGACUCUUCGGCUGUAAGUUUUGAUCGACUGGCACCUCUCCCUGCUCCACGAUUCAACAUUCGCACACCGCAGACUGGGGUGGAAGCAGAGCUUCAUUUAAAAAAGCAAGCAGAGACUAUGACCAUGCUGAAGAUUUCUGACAUGCAUUGCUCGGAUGAGAGUGGGUAUGAUACGGGCCCAGACAGCAGAGGGGUCGACGAUCAAGGUCAAAUGUCUUUGUUUGAAACCGUAGACCCCCCUGCGGUGCCUUCAACUGUCAUGAAGGCCAAACGAUCAGCUAGGGCAGUGCCAAAGACCCCGGCGCUCGAGGUAUUUAUUCGAAAGGGCCAAGUAAACAAUGAGGAAGUAGCUGAGGCAAUCUCACCUGGUGGGCACAUUACGAAAAGGCGUGCUCGUUCGCGGCCAGUCUCAGCGGAAUUACUCGAGUCAGCACAAAGUACUCCCGCUGAAUUUGAAAAUAAGGCCAAAGCGAUACCUCGCAUUCAUGAGAGUAAAAGCGCAAGCUCUGUUGCUUUCCCCUCUGUUCGUGCCCGCCGUACCUCAGGUUCCAGUACGUCAUCUGAGACUGGUUCUCCGAUCCCUCGUCAACGCCUGCCACCUGGUCCCGUGCAACGCAUUCGGACGCAGUCGCACGCUUCUCAAGGAAGGAUGCCUCUGAGCAGAGUUACCAGUUCCGGGUCGGCGACGAUGUUCUUUGGCCCCAGCAUUCCAAAUAACAAGAAAUCUACUAACAAAGCGUCGCCGAGAUCUACCCUCAACACGAGCAGUGGCCCUUCACGAGGAACUGUGAACGCUGCCACACGUCAGACUCCCGAGCGUGGCCUUGACCAGCGGUCACGCAUCUCAAAUCGACAUAGCUAUGCGGCACAAAACACUUCGUCACCAUUGUGGGAAUGGGCGGAUCGUGCCUUGUCGUCUCCCCUCUCUUCUCCGAACUCACGCAAGCGCCUGGAAGACUCAUCCGAUGAUGAAGACUUCUUUUUCGGUGGUCCUCCGGAUACGUCUUUCGCAUUUAGUCUUACUCAAGGCACGCCGAGUCCCAAGAAGAAGCAAAAGCGAGACACGCCAUCACCGCUCCCGAAGAAGUUCCGCCCACGAGAUUCGGGUAUCGCGCUGGAUUCUAGUGAUGAUGAUAGUGGCUUGAAUCUUUUCAAACGCGGGGAUUUGUUCAUGCCACCUAUGCCUCGCGCCUCAACUUCUGUCAGCACAGUUAAUUCGGAAGAAGAUAGGGCGCUUGUAACUCCGGUCUUCGCUCCCAGUCCUGCUUCAGGGUGGCCGAGUGUGAAUGUCCAUCUUUCCAGUGAUGAUUUCGAGGACAGUGCAGCGGCUUUCAUCAUCCGUACCCUACAGGCCGGUGCGGCCAAGACCACACAAGUUGAUGAACAGAAGAGAGUGCCGGGCACGCCCGUGAAAAAGGUGAAGACAGCAUACCUUGCAGAGCGCCCAUGGCAGAGCGCGGUCGCCUCCAGGAUUGGGUUUCCGGGUUUUGAUGAUGACUUGCCACCCGAAGGCGGGAAGAAGGCGAAGGGCAAGCCGCGCAAGAGUUUACCUGCUGCAUUCCCUUUGCUUGGUAAAGAGAACCGUGCCGCCGGGAAAGGCCUAGGAAAAGGAGGACUGGGAAAGCUGGCGAUGGAUGCUGAUAUCGACGGAGAGGACGAGGACACCAGCCCCAUUGCGAGGAAAAACCAGAAGUACGAGGGUCUUGGGCUCGGCCGACCUGUCGGUGCACCGCCUGCAUUUGCUCGGCCCAGUGGGGAUGAGAAGAGCGCGAAGACACAUUGGCUCAUGCGUCGAAGCAGCAGUGGCGCGUUUUCAAGCGGUGGCGAGACUGCUGGUUCUAAUGCAGUCACGCCUACACGCAAUUCUGUAAGGGAGUGGGGACUUCCACCCCCGCGCAUCCCUGUCCCAAUAUCCCCGCUCAAGAAUGUCGUAGAUGUUUCUGGAGACCGCCUCUCGCCGGGCUCUACAUCAUCCGCGUCCACCGCCCUAAAUUCGCCGACUAUUGAUGCAUCUAUUCGUCACUUCAGACAUGGUGCUUCGGCACACCCUCAGCCUACGCCCGUACGUCCUCCAAUCUUUGUCCGCCCACAGACGCAUGCGCACCCGGCGCGCUUGCCUCUCGGGCAUACGUCCCCUCCUCGCGUAGGAAUGCGCGGGCGGCUCUCACUGCCCACGGGUGAGGAGCGGCCAGGCCGUUUCGGCCGCGACUUUGUUGAGGUCGACGAACUCGGUACGGGAGAGUUCGGUCGCGUGAUGAAGGUGCGAUACAAAGAGGGCGUUCCUGUCAUACGUGGAAAGGAGGGCGAGUACUACGCUGUGAAGAAGUCCAAGCGGUUCGAGGGCGCAAAGCAUCGAUUGCGCCUACGGGAGGAAGUGGAUAUCCUCGCCCAUCUCUCCGCGCGCGGUGGGCAUGCAAACGUCCUCGCGCACAUUGACAGCUGGGAGGAAGAGGAGACGCUGUACAUCCGUACGGAGCUGUGCUCGCUAGGCAACUUUGCUCACUUCCUGACCGCAUAUGGGCGUGCGUAUCCCAAGCUCGACGAGGGGCGUGUGUGGCGGGUUUUGGCCGAGCUGAGCGGUGGCCUGCAUUUCAUUCAUGAUGCUGGUGUGAUCCAUCUAGACCUGAAGCCUGCAAAUAUCUUCAUCACCAACUCGGGCCGUCUUAGAAUUGGUGAUUUCGGGAUGGCUUCGCUUUGGCCGAGGCCGGCGCCGCUUAGCGAGUCCCUCGGGGGCUCUGCGUUCGAACGAGAGGGCGACAAGCUCUACUUGGCGCCAGAGGUGUUGCAAGGACGUUAUGGAAAGGCUGCAGACGUGUUCAGCCUGGGUAUGACGAUGCUCGAGACAGCCACUAACGUCGUUGUCCCGGACCAGGGCGAGUCGUGGCAUCGUCUUCGGCGAGAAGACUUUUCACAGGUCGACUCGGGUCUAGCUUCUCUCAGUGCAGACUUACGCCAGCUGCUCCGCAGCAUGAUGCGCACCGAGCCCGCUCAGCGCGCCCACAUCGGCCUGGUCGCGACCAACCCCGUCGUGUUGCGCGCACGAGCAGCGAUGGAGGGCGUGCGCGCAGCCGAGGGCGACGUCUUCGCCGCGAGCCCGCUCGGUGCGGGCGGGAAAGAGUUUCUCGAGGAUAUCCUCCACCGCGGUGGAUGGGAUUCAGACGAGAUGGAUCUGCGGCUGUGA